GUGCAAUACUUUGUGGUGCGUGUUUCUUUCGUGCCAUCCUUUUUGUCCUUAAAUGCUCACGUAUGUGAUCGAAUGUGUCUUCUGUACAUUUCCACAUCACAGCCGCCGUGUGUUGUGGUGAAGAAAAAGCGGGGAGGGAAAAAAAAAAGCUAAAGUUCUUGCGGUUACAGGAUGUGACGAGCUCUUCUCGCUCAGAGGGACCCAGGUCCCAUUCUUUUUUUUUAACAAAAAAAGCUGAAAAGGAACAUCUUCAGAGCCUAUGAUCACAUAAAAGGUGCCCAGAGUCACCAAAAAACCAAACGAGGGGUGAGAAAAAAGACCGCGCUUGUUAGCAAAAGAUGCACUGGCAAAAAGCUUCUGCGCCAGAGCCGCCCCCUCCGCAGCCCUCCCCUCGGCCCUACCAAGGCGUCCGAGUCAAAGAGCCGGUGAAGGAGCUUCUCAAGAGGAAGCGCGGAAGCCUCCAGAACGCCAAUGGAGCCACGGCAGCCGCCACGACGGUGUUUUUCCCCCAUCAAUCGCUCCCGUCUUAUUCGCCGGCAGGCCAAGUCUGUGCCGAUUCGGAGUUCGUGGCUUCGCCGCUGGUGGACGAUGGGACGCUCUAUUCCGGGUGGCUGGCACAACCCUCUCCGGCCACGCUGCAGCCGCUGACCCAAUGGGCGGCCUAUCCGGAUUACGUGCCGCACGAAGCGGUCAGCUGCCCUUACACGGGGGAGAUGUACGUCCAGCCAGUCUGCCCCAGUUACACACUGGUGGGGACCUCUUCAGUGCUGACCUACGCCUCCCAGCCCCUCAUCACCAACCUGGCGGCAAGGUCCACCUCGGCGCCGGCCGUCAUGCCGCACUUGGAUAUGAUGGAGCAGCAAGGCCCCCUGAGCUACUUUCCAUGGACUCAACCCAUCUCCACUCUUCCGGCUCCUUCCUUACAAUACCAGGCGGCUUCCUCGGCCCUUCCGGCCCCCCAAUUCCUCCCCCUUCCUGUGUCGGUCCCGGAAACCGUCUCCCAAGACCUGGAGGACACCCGGAAAGAUCUGGGCGGACUGUCGAUGGAGAAGCUCCUCCUUCAAGAGGAGAACCACGGCAUCUUUGACUUAAGCAACAGCCUUCCUGUCGAAGGACUUUAAAUCCUCAGAAAAGGAUGCAUCUUAUUUCCUUUUCAACAGUCCCCGGAAUAUUCUCAGGAAGUUGUCCUUUCAACAACCCCAUUGGAGGCCGUUCAUCCAAUCCAUUUAGAGUAGCCAGAUAUUCUUAUUCUGCCUCUUUACCUGUUUUGUGCCGCCUUUCCCUCUCUUGCAUCAUCGCUCCAUUUUUCCAGGUUGCCUUUUGGGAGAAGACUGAGGCAAAGAAGGUGUUGAGUAUGUCCUCUUUUCCUCUUUCCCACAAUAACAUUUUCUAUCUUCUCCAUGCAAUGGCCCUGCCCUCUCCUUAUUUCUCCCUUUAACCAAAGGCUGUUCAAAAAUAUUGUGUGCGGUCUCUGGACACUUUCUGAUUGUCUCCCUAUCCUUGCUAUUGGCUUGAAUUCCUCUUUGGCAAUUUCCCUUUUUCCUAUUUCUUGUAAGUGUCUGUUUUAAAGCCUAGAUGACAUUUCUUUAUUCAUUUCUGUAGACACGUCCCAUUUUUCCCUCACUUUUGAGAAACUCUCAUUCAACACCAACAUUGUGUUUCCCCGAAAAUAAGACAGUGUCUUAUAUUAAUUUUUGCUCCCAAAGAUGCUCUAGGUCUUAUUUUCAGGGGAUGUCUUAUUUUUCCGUGAAGAAGAAUUCACAUUUAUUGCUGAACAAAAAAAAUGAACAUUUAUUAUAUACUGUACAGUAGUUUGUUGUCGAAGGCUUUCAUGGCUGGGAUCACAGGGUUGUUGUAUGUCUUUGGGCUGUGUGGCCAUGUUCCAGAAGUAUUCUCUCCUGACGUUUCGCCCACAUCUAUGGCAGGCAUCCUCAGAAAGAACAAGAAGGGAACUUUUCUCCAUCGUGGUCCCUGUGAAAUGGCACAUGGGGUAUUUCCUGUGCCUGUAACCAUACUGAAAAUAAGACAGUGUCAUAUUAAUUUUUGCUCCCAAAGAUGCGCUAGGUCUUAUUUUCAGGGAUGUCUUAUUUUUCCGUGAAGAAGAAUUCACAUUUAUUGUUGAACAAAAAAAAUGAACAUUUAUUAUAUACUAGCUGUGCCCAGCCACGCGUUGCUGUGGCGUAUGGGAAUCCUUUGUUGGCCAGGUUGAAUAGCAGUGAAUAGCCUUGCAGCCUCAAAGCCUGGCCACUUUGUACCUUGCGGAAUCCUUGGUCGGUCAGUUUGAGUAGCAAUUAAUAGUCUCGGUGUGGCAGGUAUGAAUGCUGCAAUUAGGCACCUUGAUUAGCAUGUAAUGGCCUUGUUGGGAGGUGUUAGCUGGCCCUGAUUGUUUCCUUUCUGGAAUUCCCAUUUUCCCUGCUUUCAGAGUGUUGCUCUUUAUUUAUUUACCGUCCUGGUUUUAGAGAUUAUAUUGUUCUGUAUUAUUCUACCACAGUAAUCAUUUCACAUUAUAUUUAUAACCGUAUAUGAUCUGCUUAGAAGUGGAUGAGGCCCCUUCUACACCUGUAUAAAAUCCACACUGAAGUGGAUGAUAUGGCAGUGUGGACUCAAGAUAAUCCAGUUCAAAGCAGAUAAUAUAAGAUUCCAAAUGGGUUAUAUAGCUGUGUGGAAGGACCUUGAGUCUACACUGCCAUAUAAUCCAGUUAAAAUCUGAUAAUCUGCAUUUUAUAGGUAGUGUGGAAGAGGCUUAAGUGAGGCCUAACUCUGCCUGUCCCCUGGGCUGAGCAGGUUGCUAGGAGACCAAGUGAGCGGAGCUUAGCCUUCUAACUGGCAGCAAUGGGAUAAAAACAAUUAUUCCUCUCCCUCUAAUUAGGACUUUAUUUUUCUUUUCUUUUUGUUGUAUGAACGUAGAGGCAUGGAUGAGGGGUUGUGCUGCCAAGUUUAGUGUUUCUAGGAUAUGCAGUUUUGUUGUUUUGUCCUAGGCCGAAAUUUCAUUACCCUUUUAUAUAUAUAGACUGUACAGUAGUUGUCAUCACAAACCAUCUAUGGUACGUACAUUUACCAAUCCCGCAUGGCCCGGUGUUCUGCUGAGUGGGCAUGCUUCCAAACACAAACUUUGCUAAGUCUUACUUUCGGGAAAGUCCUUAUAUUUAGCAAUUCAGCAAAACCUCUACUAGGUCUUAUUUUCAGGGGAUGUCUUUUUUUUAAUGUUUUUGGGGAGACAGGGUAAUUCUAUUUCCUUUUAGCAUGCUGAGCAUAGGAGCGCACCCAGUAUUUCCCCGUCUUCUGUGUAGAUCAGGCAUAGGCAAAUUCUGGCCUUCCUGUUGUUUUGGACUGGAAAAGAAAAGGCCUGUGACUGCUGGGAAUGGUGGGAGUUGAAGUCCAAAACACCUUGAAGGCUGUGCCUGAUCUAAAUGCACGCUAAGUCAAUAUUUUGGAAAGGAAGUGUGGCCCUUUCGACCUGAUCUGGAAUGUUUAUCCAAAGACCGAUCCCUCCAUCGCCAAGGUCAUGGCUGGCACCAGGAAUCUUCAAAAACAUGAAGGGGAAAGAGAUAAGAAUCUGCUUCCUUCUCUCUCUUGUAAAAAUACACCUCCGGGGCCCACCUUCUCCCUCUCGACAGCUCGCCUCUCUCCCUCCCUUCUCUUCCACCCGAAACCUUCUCUUCUUCUUCUUUUUUUUUAUAACUCUCAGGUUCCGGACUGAUAUUGUCAAUAUUUGUCACUUCGGGUCCGCUUUGAUUCGCCGUGACAUUUACUGGAGGGGGAAAAAAAUGCACACACACCUGGCUUUUUAUGGAGAGGCAAAAGGCAUUAUUCGUCCUCACGCAGAAGUUGCAAUGAGCCUGGCUUUUCAGGGAAACACAGUCAUGGUUGCACACCGCAUUUGCUGUUAUUUCAAUCGUUUCGAACGGGACACGGGAUUAUUCCAAAUGAUUUCUGACCAAAGCAGAACAGAGUGAGACUAUGGCUGGAUCUAUCCUGCCCUAUAUCCUAGAUAAGAUUAUCUGCACGUCCCAGAUUAUAUGGUGGUGUAGACUCAUACAGGAGUCCCCGGUGGCACAGUGGGUUAAACCGCUGAGCUGCUGAACUUGUGGACCAAAAGCUCACAGGUUCAAAUCCAGAGAGCGGAGUGAGCUCCCGCUGUUAGCCCCAGCUCCUACCAACCUAGCAGUUCGAAAACAUGCAAAUGUGAGUAGAUCAAUAGGUACUGCUCCGGCGAGAAGGUAACACAGGCGCUCCAUGCAGUCAUGCCUGUGGCCACAUGACCUUGGAGGUGUCUACGGACAAUGCCGGCUCUUCGGCUUAGAAAUGGAGAUGAGCAUCAACCCCCAGAGUGUGAGUAGAUCAAUAGGUACCGCUCCGGCAGGAAGGUAACGGCGCUCCAUGCAGUCAUGCCAGUGGCUACAUGACCUUGGAGGUGUCUAUGGGCAACGCCGGCUCUUUGGCUUAGAAAUGGAGAUGAGCACCAACCCCCAGAGUGUGAGUAGAUCAAUAGGUACCGCUCCGGCAGGAAGGUAACAGCGCUCCAUGCAGUCAUGCCAGCCACAUGACCUUGGAGGUGUCUACGGACAACGCCGGCUCUUCAGCUUAGAAAUGGAGAUGAGCACCAACCCCCAGAGUCGGACACGUCAGAGAAAAACCUUUAUCUUUACCUAGAAUCCUAUGAUCCAGUUCAAAGCAGAUGAUUUGAGAUCAAUUCUGGGAUAAAGGGCAGUGUAGAUCCACCCUAAGACUUCCCUAAAUCUGGACACUAUACUAUACUAUGUAACACAAUGUUUCUUCCUGGGUUAUGGAUUCCAUUUCCUGUGUUGUCGAAGGCAACCCAGCCUGUUGUGUCUGUUAGGAAUUGUGAGAGUUGGAAGUCCAAAACACCUGGAGGGCCCACGUUUGCCCAGGCCUGAUUUAUAUUGUGGAAUGAAUGCAGUUUGGCAUCACUUAGAGGGCCCUUGUACCCAAAUAAAAUGCCAGAAACAUGUCUCUUUCCAACUCAUGGUUGUCCAGAGACCUCACACACCUUUUCCUUUAUCUUCCUGGAGCCUGGAGUUGGGCAAGAGCUCAUUCCUGGGACUCUUUGCGUCUGGCACCGUCUCCUGAUCGAUUGGGAGAUUCUCCGUCUCUCUCUCUCUCUCGAUAGCAUCGCUUGCAAAGUGGACACUUAUCUCCGCAGGUGGACGUUGGGAGCUCUUGCUUGACCCCUCCAGCGAAUGACGCUCUUUGCUCUUCUUCCUCGUUCUAGAAAAAUUUGAAUAAUUCCCAAAACAGCCAUACCUGGCCUUCUUUAUGUUGCUCAAAGUGACCACCUUUUUCCACCGGCCCGACUUAUGAAUCCCCUAUCAAUAUAUCUACAAGGCUAAUUUAUUGUGUCUUUUUCUGAAGGGUUACAGGACAAAGGUUGCACAAUACUGCCCACAGUGCCAUUGCAUGUUCACACUGAGCAUGUUUCACUGUGCAUGAAGGUGCGCAUGGUGCGUUGCAAUCCUUUGUGGGUUCAAUUGCACGGUGCUGUGACUCAGUCAUCCACAAUCAUGUCAUAGUUCUGUGAAUAUAAAGACAGAGUAUGCUCCUUGGUGUAGCAUUUUGCCUUGACUGAUUGAGUAACUCCUUGAUUGAUUAUCUGAUCGAUCGAUUGAUUGAUUGAUACAGUGUGUAUAAUGCAAAGGGGAUCCCAUGGCGCAGGGUUGAUGCAUCUACACUGUAAUAAAUGCAGAUUGAGAUUAA